UGUCAGUCAGUUAGUCUGUGUGCGUCUUGUUGUUUGGUUGGCUGGCUGACAGAUGUUUAGCUUCGCACAGUGAUUUCUCGACUCAUCUUCCAGUUAUUUACACAUAAAAGCUAUUGUUUCCCUUCAAUUCUAAUGUGAAUUCAGUGAGGGUGCAACCGAAGACAUGACUAUCAAACUCACCGACAUCGUCCUAACGCUUAUAUUCCAUGUUCUUCAUACGGCAUACGCACAGCACAUCCUGUCUUGCAACGUAACGACGCUCGAGAGUUGUACGGGAGAUAACCAGAUAUGCAGCGCGAAGACCGGGCAAUGUGAGUGUCUGGAUGGGUUUACCAUGUCAGAUGGUCAGUGCGCGGCGGCGGCGGCAGCGGGCGCGCGGCACGGGGCCACGGCCGCCGUCGUCUCCAUCUUCACCCUCGCGCUGCUCGCCGCCGGCCUCUUCCUAGUCGUUAAGAAGUAUAACCUCAUAGAGUAUGUUCGCCAGAAGAUCAAUCUCAGAAGAGGCAACGAUGUCAUGUAUGAAGAUGUCAUGAUCGGGAACGACGACCCCCCCUUGAAUCCGUAGUUAGGCUAUGAUGUUUGUAAUUUAUUCAAAUAGGUUUUAAGCAGCAGCAUCCAAGUUAUCUUGCCUCACCUAAUGUUCAUGUUAUUAAUAUUAUAACUUAUUUCUUGUUAUUACAAACCUAGAUAUCUGUAAUUCAGUAAGAGUCAAUAAGAUAUUGUAUGCAUGGGAAUCUUGUGUAAUCCAAGAACUCGAUCAGGUUUGGUUUAAUCCUCAGAAAAGAAUAAUGUUAGAAGAACCAAGAACCAAUCAUACACCUGUUUUCAUUCAAAUUAUAAAUAAACAGCUUGUUUAUGAUGAAGCUAUAAGUAUAAUGCUCAUUGUUCUCACAAUUACAAUAGUGAAUAGAAAACAGAAGUAUUAAGACAACAUUUUGAUUAAAUUAUUAAGUUAAAUUAGCUCAAUUUUGCCAAAGACUGAGUUGAUGACCAGUAGCAACGGGCCUCAAUUGAAUGAGGAGCAAAGUGUUUAUUCAUUAAGUGUAAAAGGCAAACUAUCUGUAUAUUAUGAUCUAUCAUGAGUUUGUAUAUGUAUGUAUAAAAGAUGUUGACUAUUUUCUUUACCAUUAGUUUAUAAUUUAGUUAUUAAUGUGAAAGUUUCCUAUUGUUUAUUUAAGACUCUCGGUUAGAGUGCAUGCAAGCAUGACAAUGUAGUUUUAAUUACCUACAUAUUAUAAUGUUGGGCAUACUUCCAAUAUUUAUAGAACUCUUUCUUGACCUUGAGAAGACGAACAUAAGCUUCUAAAUACAUACCUAUAACUGAGCACAAUACAUGUUGUUCAAAAUGUUAAUGUGAUAAUGUUAAGAAAUAUCUAAAAUCAAUAACAAUUCUGAUAAGGAAAACCCAUUCCUACAGUCGUGAUUGUGAAUUUUGUUUCUCAUUAUACCGAACUAUGGCUGCAUUUCAAUGUUAAAAUUAAUCAUUGUUAUUAAAUUCAGUGUUUCCUGUAAAUACGUACCUUUUACCUACAUAAUUUCGAAUAAAACACAGUCAUGUUCAUUCAGUCUUGUAUAUUAAAAAAUAAAUUAUUAAUUUAUAAACAAACAAAUGUAAAAUUUGACCUCUUACAAAACAUGUUAGAGCAAAUGUGUAUAUUUUCUGAAUAAAAGACAUAAAUACUCUGUGAUACUG